UAACACGAUCAUGUUGAUGAUUAUGAUGUUCACAAGAUCAUUAAAUUGACAUGAAGCAAAAUACAAUCAACACAAUUUGAUGGAGGAAAACAAUCCGAGAGAGAAAGGAAAUCCAAUCAAACCGAUUCUAUAAUCUGUUAAAUCACCUUAAAUUGUUAUUAUGGUUUUAAGCCGAUAAUGUGUCUACAUGAUUAGUGUAUGAAGAUUAAUUGUUGAUAUAGAAAAAGGAAUACAAUUUUCUUUUUCUACCAAAAUUAACAACAUCAAUUGUUUUCUUCUUCUCUCCAUUUGGUGUAUGUGUUAACCUGAUUGUCUCUUCUUGUGGAUUUUAGCCAAAUUAUGAUGAAUCUAAAUUGAGAAUCUGUUGGUGUUGAUUCACUUUUUUUUAUCACAAUUCUAUUCUUUCAUCAUCUUCAUCAUCAUUUAGAUGAAAAAAUGUUAAUUUAAACCUCAAACUGUUGUGUUACCGUUUUCAUGAUUCUACUAUGUGAUGUUACCAUUGAGAUUAUUGUUUCCUCUCUCUCUCUCUAAGUUAUUCAUGAUUUUCAUGGUGUUUUAUUGGAACAAUUUAUUCAUUUCAAUUUGAUUAUCAUAUAAUUAUAGACUUUUGGAUGUUGUUACCAUGCUAUUUACCGGUCAUUAAGAUCUUCAGAGUUAAUCAUUUUCUUCUCCCAAUUUUCUAAGUGAAAGUGGAUAAUAAACAUUCAUCUGAAAAGAGACACUCACACACUCUUUUCUCCAACCAACUCACUCAUCCUUUUUUUUUCCUGUUCUUUGGUGGAUACACACCAACAACUCGAUCAAAGACUUUGGUCUUUUUUAGGCGGUCUUUGGAUUCUAUAAGAGAGAAAACAACAACAACAAUUUACAGAGGAACUUGUUAAAUACUAAAGGAAAAGAAAGAGAAAAAACCGGUAAAAGAAACAUUGAGAAGAGAAGAAGAAAAAAAUAACCAAAAGUAAAGAAAAGAAAAAAGCUAAAUGGUGUUGAUGGAAAACUAUGAUAACGUUAAAGUGAAGGGAACAUUACAACCACCAUGGAACCAGAUAAAAUAUGAUGAGUUGAUAAAGAUUAAGGAAUAAUCAUCAUGUGGUGAAUAUCAUGGAAAAUCUGAAAGGAUAAAAAAAGAAUAAGAAAUUAACAAAAUCCAGUGAAAAGCUUUCCAAAGACAUUGGAGGUUGAUGUUUAUUUUAUUUUCUUGGUUCAUUUUAUAAACUCUCGUAUCUAUGGAGCUCAUUUAAUCUGUGUGGUAUUCAUAUAUAUAUAUAAAUGUAUUUAUAUUUAUAUGUGUAGGAAUGUUGUCCUUGGUAAUGGUAACCGUACAAUUGGAUUGUGCGUUGAUUUGAUUCUGUGAAUAUAAACAAAUUGUGUUAAAACAAAGACAAACCACCAGAUUUAUCAAUCUACCCAACAACUUCACCAACUCACACACUCUCUCUCUGUGUAUAUUUUAUCAUCGUCAUCAACAACAACAACAUCUUUCUGUGUGUCUAUUUGUGUCAAUAUAAAUUACCAAUCCAGUGCACUUCUCUAAAUUUCUACAUCGUUCUCAAUUGUAUUUAACCAUAAAAUUAGAUCAAUUGACAUUUCAAUCAAGUGAUAAUCAGUGAUUUUCACCAAUAUUUUCUCAUCUCUUUUUUAGCUUCGUCAUCAUCUUAAGACUUGAAAUCUUAUUUAUCCCAUUUCACUUUUUCCUUCCUGUAAAGUGGCUAAAAUCAGUGGAUAAUUAAUACAUUGCCUUUUCUCAUCUCGCCUUUUAAUUAAUCUCAUCAAUUGCUUAUUCUUAGCAACAAUUGCUGGUAUUUAUCUCGUCAUCAUCAUCAUCAUCACCUUCAAAUACUAACCUGUUCAAAUAGAGUGAGUGAGAGAUAGAGAGAGAGAGAGAGAAAGCUCCCCUGUACAACCAUGAAAACUUUGAUUGAAGCUGAUAGAGAGACUGAAGAUUCCUCAUUGGAACAUUCAACAAGUUCAAAUAAUCAGUUGACACCAAUUUCUAAAAGUGAAUCAACUUCCGUUUCUAAUAAUAAUCGAGCGAAAAGAAUUGAGUUAUUAAGUAUUGAGAGAAAAGGUAAACGUCUCAAAUUUAUGAUCAAUGGGAAUCGAUUUUUCCGUGGGAUUCGUUAUUGUCUGUGUACCGAAAGGAUUCGUUGUUUUGAUGUUCUAUUAGAAGAUUUAAAUAGAUUAAUUAAAGACGUUAAUCUACCUAAAGGAGUUCAAUAUAUUUACUCUUAUUCAAUGGAUGAUAAAUUAUCUCGAAACAAAUUGGAAUCACUGGACGAGUUUAAAGAUAAUCAUAUUUAUAUUUGUUCAUCUAAUGAUAACUUUAUUGAUUUGGAUUAUGGUUCAAUCAGUCAAGGUUUUGAUUGUCCUGCUGGUGGAGGAAUUGGAGGAUUUAACCAAUUAUCUAAAUCAACUUCUUGUACGGCUGCUGAUCAACGAAUCAAAACAAUGGCUUCAUCACCAUUUAAUCCUCAUAAUCAACAAUCAUCAGGGUCGCCAACAAAUGAAUUUAUCCGACCCAAAUUGGUUAAUAUAAUUAUUAAUGGUCCUAAACCUCGAGAAGUGAUUAAAUUGUUACUCAACAAACGAUCAGUUCACUCCUACGAUCAACUACUCACCGAUAUUCAAGCCAAAAGUAAAACCUUGUUUACCCCAAUAAGACGCGUUUAUCACUUAAAUGGUAAAAAGGUAACCAAAUUGAAAGAUUUUUUCAGCAAUCAAGACAUAUUUAUUGUAUCGGCAAGUGAUAAACGUAACAAUCAAGAUUUUGAUAUUCACCCGGAAGAGUGUAACAACAUUCACUUUGGACGUUUUCUCCUAGGUAAAGGUAACGUCUCCCUAUCAACAACAGCAUCAACAUCAUCAUCAACAAUACCAUCAACAAUAGUAACAUUGGCAACCAACAACAACAGGCGAUACAAUAAUAUUAACGAUCCGACGAUAACGUCAACAUCAUCAACUUCAUCACCAAUAAAAUCAAUCUCACGACAAUCAAAUACAAUUAUUUCAUCACCAUCAACAUCUAUCAACAACAAAACUGUAUCAACAUCGCAAGAAAUUGAUUCAUCAUCAUCACUUUCAUCCAGUUCAAGUUCAUCAGUUUGGCUGGAAAAUGUUAAUCUAAGAGAUUUAAGUCUAGAAAAUGAUGUAUUUACACCUGAUAUUUAUGAUCCAGUUUCAUCAACAACAACAUCAACAAUGACCAAUACCAACAACAACAAUUAUUCAAAUCAACAAUUUUCCUACCAACGAAAAUAUCUAAACAACAAUUCAACAUUAAUACCAAUGAGUUCCUCUCGAGUGUCUCUAAAUGAAUACAACAAUCAACGUGAUUAUCCAGUUCGACGAAAUACCUCAACCAAUACAACAACCUCAUCAUCUAAUCGUAAUAGUAUUGGUGGAAUUAGUUCAAAUAAUAUUAAUUAUCUAGGUGAAAAUAACAUCUCAUAUGGUCAAUCACAAAAUUCAUCGAAACAUAAAACAUCAUCAUCAUCAUCAACUUCAACCUCCAAAGAUAAAAUUAAACAAUCACCAAACCGCAAACACACAAACAACCACAACAACAACCACAACAACAACAACACCUUACGAGCCAGUGAUGGUAAUAUUGUCUAUCAGGAUCCAUUGAAAUCAACUAACAGGACUAAUCAAAAGCAUCAUCAUCAUCAUCACCAUCAUCACAAAUCAAAUCAUCACAACAACAACAACAAUAAUUGUGAUAAUAUAAAUAAUGAUAAAAACACCAAGAGGAAAACAUCAACACCUUCAAUUAAAUUCAGUAGAAUACCAAUUCUUCAAGGAUUAACUCAACUUCCCAGACGAAUUAAUUCAACAAUUAACUGUGCUAAACUUGUCUCAAGUAAUAAUAAUAAUCACCAUAAUAACAAUAACAACAAUAAUAAUAAUAAGAUUACGUCAAGUAACAAUUAUCUUGAUUGUUCACCAAGUAGUAAUCAUUAUUCAUCCACGUUGAGUUUAUUAUUUCCUCGUGAAAUUAAUCGUAAAUACUCAGUGGGUAAUAUAAUUGGCGAUGGUAAUUUCGCCGUUGUCCACGAAUGUACCAAUCGAUGUAAUAACGUUAAAUAUGCAAUGAAAAUAAUUAACAAGAGUAAAUGUCGAGGGUCCGAAGUGUCCAAAUCGGAAGUGGCAAUUUUAAGGAAAAUUAAUCAUCCAUUUAUCAUACAAUUGAUUGAAGAUUAUGAUUUUCCCAAUGAAAUGUAUCUAGUCAUGGAAUUGGUAGCCGGUGGUGAUUUAUAUGAUGCAAUUACCUCUAAAAAUAUGUACAGUGAAAAGGAGGCCCGAGGGAUGGUGACCAAUCUACUCCAAGCUCUCGCUUACCUGCACUCAAUGAAUAUCUGUCAUCGUGACAUUAAGCCUGAAAACUUACUUGUCUCAUCCAAGAAAGAUGGUAAAAUGUUCAUUAAAUUAGCGGACUUUGGACUUGCCGUUAAAAUCCUUCCAGGUCAAAAGUUAUACGAGGUCUGUGGUACACCGAUUUAUGUGGCACCCGAAAUUUUAGCUGAAACAGGUUACGAUUUCAAGGUGGACGUUUGGGCGGUCGGUGUUAUCGCUUAUAUUUUACUCUGUGGUUAUCCACCGUUUGUUAGUAAAAACAAUGAUAACGAUGAACUUUUUGACCUCAUCUUGAAAGGUUCAUUUGAAUUUCUGCAUCAAUAUUGGUCAACUGUGUCCAGUGAGGCUAAAAAUUUCAUUUCUAAAUUACUGAUUGUCAAUCAACAUGCUCGUCUCACCUCAUUGGAAGCUCUGAGAGACUCAUGGAUCUCUGAAGACAUUAACCCUUACUGGUGAUCAUCAUAAAUCCACGACUUUGAAGAUCAAAGAAAGACAAUUAAUCCAUAAAGUGGACAAGAGAAACUAAAUUAUCAAAUUGUCAAGUCAAUCAUCUUUAAUUACACACACAAGAUGAAUAAAUCUUAUCCAUCCAUCCGUUAAUUGUUCAACCAAAAUGAGAAUGCAAUUUAACUGAAGAUUUAUUCAGAAUCAACAUGAAACUGGAUAUCAUUAAAUGUCAUGUGAAUUAUGAUCAAUGGCAGUUGAUCAUUGGAAUAACCUUAUUCACGAUUACCCUAAAUCAUAAUAAUCGAUCCGAAAAAUACAAAACCGAGACGAAGAAAAAGUAAAUGUCUGGAAAUCAAAAGAAAGAGACACGAAAAACAAAGCCAACUAUUCAAUUGAAACUUUAAUUGUUACCUAAUUGUCACCAAGUUGUCGAACCAUGACCACAAUAGUGACCAUUCAGUUUUCUGUUGAUCAAAAUUCAAAUGGAGUCACAAAUUCAUUCAUUUAGAUACAAUGUUAUUAAUCCAUAAACUUCAAUCCAUAAUCUUGAUUAUUCUUGAUUAACAAUAAGAUGAUUUACAAUUAUCUUAAUUGUUUCUCGAUUACAUUGUGAUCAAUUGUUAUCACCAUCAUCUUCCAAUAUUAACAUUGUUUUCUCAUGGAACAAAACAAAAGCUAGUCUCCCUUAUCAUCCAAACUCAUCAUUGUAUUGACUUAAAUGUAACCCUUUCACUCCCACCUUCACCUUUAUCAUUUCCUCUUCCUGUUCCAUCAUCAUCAUCAUCAUCGACUUGCCUUAAAUAAUAAUACAGAAGGAAAAGGAAAAAAAAAUAAAGAAAAAGAAUGCGGAAGAAAAACAACCAAACUCUAACCAGAAUGAAUUCUGGUGAACUGAACAAAAGAGUAACAAUUAAUAACAAUUGUUGACAAACUAAUCCAGUUGAUUGGAGAUGGAACAAUCAAUUGAUUGUCUUUGUCGAAAAAAAAUUCUCGAAACUGGAUUAAAAUUCAAUGAAAGGAAAGGAAAAAGAUAAACCCAUAAUUAAGGACAAAGAGAAAUGCUCAAUUCUGUUUUUGAUUUAACACAAUUUGAUAAUAAUAAGAAAAAUAGUUAACUAAUCAACUAAUUGACAAUUUAAUUACAAUUAUAAACUAAAACGAUAUAUAUUUACAUAUGUAAUAUAUAAUAUUUUUAAACUCUUCAUCUUGUAAAACAAUCAAAAGGAUAAAAUCUCAGCAAAUUGUAACCUUGAUGAUUGAUUUCUCUCAUUUAAUUGUUUCUCUGCCAAAAUUUUCUCAUUGUUAAUCACCAACAAUUAAUUCAACAUUUUAAAAAUGAUUUACAAUUGUCUGAAUCAAAAAAAAAACUGGAGCAAAAACAAAUCAACGAAACUAAUUAACAACCAACUCGUUGAACAUUUUCUUAUGUUCAUCUCUGUGAGUUAAUUAAGGUUAACAAUUAAGUCGACAAUUUGAUUCAAUCAAGUAAAUCACAUUUUUACACAAUGGGAAAAACAAAUUAUAAUCCUUGCCCUUUAAUUGAUCAAUUUAAUGAUUAGUAAACAAAUUAAAUCUAAUUAGUCCUCUGAAAGUUUAAUCAUUUUCUUUGCGACUAAUUUAAUAUUGUACUUGAUUUAUAAAUACAACAAUUAAAAGCUAACAAUUUAAA